AUGCCACUCUCGGUUAGCGGUGACACACAGCUGCAGGUGGGUGACACGCAGCUGCCUAAUCUUCAGCCUCACACAUCCACCGAGAAUAUGAGCUGGCUUCACAGGAAACUCGGAGCUACUCCAGCUAUGGUGGCAGGCGGAUCGAGAUCUUUAUGGACACAGCUGAGUCAGGUGAACGGUGCCCGCGCGGACGCCCAAGAGGCUGGGAAGCCAAUUACAACUCAGAAGGAUCAACCACUUAUGAAUCAGAGUAAGGUCAUUGAACUCACGGGUCCUGAGAUAUGUGACCGUUGCUCCGCCAUAGACUGGGAAUCUUUGAUGCAUGUUGAUGAGCGUUAUCAGAUCAUUGUCAGCGAGUCGCUCCACGAACUGCACCAAUCUCAAUGCCGGAUCUGCCAGUUACUUGGGUAUUUUUUUCUGCAAAAUACAAUUGCUUCGACUAAACGAAUAAGCCUACCUACCUCUUCCAAUACCUUUCCGGGGCCCCACUUGAUCAAAGGAGUCGAUAUUUACAUAACUUCAGGCCACGCGUGGGCAUACUCUGCGACAACAAGACUCCUGGUCUCCAAAACGCAUCCGUACGACCCACUAGGAUCCACUGGUCUGGAUAAUUUGUACCCACCAUCAAUAAGCCUUGGCCAGAUUAAGGCUUGGAUUGUUCACUGCCGAGACCAGCAUGGCCAUCGAUGUUCGCCAAAUCCUCAACACGACCUUAAGAAGCUACAAAUGAUCGAUUGUAACCGGAAAGAAGUUGUGUCUGCACCAAAGCGGUGCCGGACCAUCCUCGAUGCUAUUAAGAUCACAAAGGAUCUAGGAUAUCAAUACCUAUGGGUUGAUCGAUAUUGCAUAGCCCAGGACAGUGCUGAAAUUCGGCAUGUUCAAAUUGCGCAGAUGGGCGACAUCUACGAUGCAGCAGACUUGACAAUCAUCGCUGCAAUUGGCCAUGAUCCAAAUUAUGGCUUGCCUGGAGUGUCGACAAGAUUGAGAGCCGUUCGAUUUGCGCGGAUAGACUCAUCAUAUGUUACAGUGCUGCCAAUCGGGAACGAUGUUACAAAGAUCACCUCGUCAGCGUGGUCCACACGAGGCUGGACACUGCAAGAAGGCAUUCUGUCUCGGCGUCGACUGAUCUUGACUGAUCGUCAGGCAGUAUUUGUUUGCAACACAAACACCCGCUUCGAGAUUGAGGCAGACGAUAGGUCCCCAUUCGUCCAGCCCGAAAAUACCGGCUGGCUUGCCCGUCAGGAGGGACAGGACCCAAUGUUGACUGCUAUGAUGCAUCUCGAGACGUACAGUACACGCACCUUAUCCUACGAUGUCGACGCUCUCAAUGCCAUACUUGGGGCGCUCAAUACGCUCAGGAAAGAAGGGAUCUAUCACCUGUGGGGGGUGCCGUACGCGGGGCCCAGAAACCUCUCUCGGCUUGUGACUGUAUUCAACCCCUGUAGUAGAACCUUGUCCUGCACAACAGAACACGGGAAUGGUGUUGCACUGAUGUGGUACCAUACAGGGAAGGCGAGACGUCGACAUGGUUUCCCCAGUUGGAGUCCAAUUGGCUGGGAAGGAGCGAUAAAGUGCGCUAAGGUCCCGAUGUCGAACCUUCGACAUGUGGCAAGCUGCUGUGGAGUUGAUAUACAGACGGGAACGAGACGACAAUCGCUGUUGACCCAUCGACCAAGUUAUGAUGCAGGCUCCGACGCCUCCCAACAGCUGUAUUUGCACGGUGAGACUUAUGCAUCACCCAUGGUCAGCAUUGAGGGCGUGGCCAUCCCAUUUAACUCUCAGAUCUAUUACAUCUGCCCUGUCAACUGGUCUGUGCCUCCGAGUCAUCAGUCCGAGUCACUGCCCAGGAUCAAGGUCUUGCUGAUCCGCGAUAGAAGACAGAAUGCGUACUUUUCUAGCGAUCAGAUGAUAGUCUUAAGACCCUGUGAAACAGGACAAGGUCGACGUUUCGAGCGGAUUGGAUAUGCAAACUACCAACCACGCGUACCUGUUUCCAACCUAGAUCGGAGAUGGGUUGACAACGAUAUGAAACCGCUGGACAGUGCGACUGAUUUUUUCAGAGGAGAACAUGCGACGUCAGGCGAGGACAUCGACUCGCAAACGUGGUGGAGACAUUGCUUCAGGCCGGAGGUUGUGGCGGUAGUUUAACGUAUAGCACAGACGCGGCCGGACAUGUUUGCAGCAGAAGACGUCCCAACUGCGGGUUAAGAUAAGACUGCAGAAGAUAUGUGACCAGAUCACGGUGACGUAUGUUGGGCAAUGAAGAGUUACUGGCAGUCAAAUUUGUCCCAUGUCUUCAAAACACGAGGUUUGCAAGCAAUGAUGAUGCUGGAUCUGCGACAGGGUCGUCAAACAAUUUCGGGGCAACAUUAACAAUUCGAAAAGGGCCUUCUUUUAAAGCAUGAGCGACAAUGGACUGACUCGUCUACAAGUACUGCUGUCACAGUGUC